AGCCUUCGCCAGGUGGUACGGGAACCCGAAGGGGACAAAAAGGAAAGGGAGUCUCUCUCUCUCUCUCUGGCCAACUUUCUGGCUAGCUGUGGCACAAUGCCCGGCGUUGCUACCCGUAAGAACCAGGAUCGGAACCGAGACAACACCAUGGAGCCGCCGCCAGCUGAUGACUAUGCAAAGGAAAGAUAUGGAGUAUUACCAAUGAUACAGUCCCAGGAGAAACCAGAUCGUGUGUUGAUUCGAAUAGAAGACUUGACAGGAGAUAGAGCUGAUGAAGUUGUCUGGGUUCGUGGCAGGAUUCAUACCAGCAGAGCAAAAGGAAAACAGUGUUUCUUAGUCCUACGUCAGCAGCAGUUUAACGUCCAGGCUCUGGUGGCUGUGGGAGACCAUGCAAGUAAGCAGAUGGUAAAGUUUGCUGCCAACAUCAACAAAGAGAGCAUUGUUGACAUUGAAGGUGUUGUAAGGAAAGUGCCACAUAAAAUUGGAGGCUGCACUCAGCAAGACGUUGAACUACAUGUUCAAAGGAUAUAUGUGAUCAGUUUGGCUGAACCCCGACUGCCCUUGCAGCUGGAUGAUGCUAUUCGGCCGGAAGUGGAAGGAGAAGAGGAAGGAAGAGCUACUGUAAAUCAGGAUACAAGAUUGGACAACAGAGUGAUUGACUUGAGGACCUCCACUAGCCAAGCUGUCUUUCGCCUCCAGUCUGGCAUUUGCCAGCUAUUUCGAGAAACUCUCAUUCACAAGGGGUUUGUGGAAAUCCAGACUCCAAAGAUUAUUUCUGCUGCCAGCGAAGGGGGUGCCAAUGUAUUUACUGUCUCCUACUUCAAAAGCAGUGCCUACCUUGCACAGUCCCCGCAGCUUUACAAGCAGAUGUGUAUUUGUGCAGACUUUGACAAGGUUUUCUGCAUUGGGCCAGUAUUUAGAGCAGAAGAUUCCAACACUCAUAGACACCUGACUGAGUUUGUUGGCCUGGAUAUUGAAAUGGCCUUUAAUUACCAUUAUCAUGAAGUGGUGGAUGAGAUUGCGGAUACUAUGGUGCGGAUAUUCAAAGGACUCCAAGAAAGGUUUCAAACCGAAAUCCAGACUGUGAACAAGCAGUUUCCAUGUGAACCAUUCAAGUUCUUGGAGCCAACUCUGAGGCUGGAGUACCGGGAAGGACUGGCUAUGCUUCGGGAAGCUGGAGUAGAGAUGGGGGAUGAAGAUGAUCUCAGUACACCAAGUGAAAAGCUCUUGGGACGUCUGGUGAAAGAAAAGUAUGACACGGACUUCUAUAUUCUUGACAAAUAUCCUCUAGCUGUAAGACCUUUCUAUACAAUGCCAGAUCCAACAAAUCCUAAAACCUCCAACUCUUAUGAUAUGUUCAUGAGAGGGGAAGAGAUUUUGUCUGGGGCUCAGCGAGUUCAUGAUCCACAGCUGCUGACUGAAAGAGCCUUGCAUCAUGGCAUUGAUUUAGAGAAAAUUAAGGCUUAUAUCGAUUCCUUUCGCUUUGGUGCACCUCCCCAUGCUGGUGGUGGAAUAGGGUUGGAAAGAGUCACCAUGCUGUAUCUUGGGUUGAGCAAUGUCCGGCAAACAUCAAUGUUCCCUCGUGAUCCCAAACGUCUAACACCGUAAGAAGACAGAAGUCUUGAAUUUGAAAGUUUGAUACCUGCUGUCAAAGACCCAGCAUAAAUGCAACAUGCAAUGGGAGGACCUCUAAUCUACUGAAGUGCCACAAUAACAAAUGUUCAACUCAUUUAUUACUAAUAUUUCAAAUCAAUAGUAUUAACAGAUCUCAUCCUGGUGUAGAAAUGUCAUACAUUUUUAAGGAAAUUACUUGAUGAAGUUAGGAGUACUGCUAUCAUCUUGUACUUUAGAAACUUGCUAAAGACUUGCAUUUUAAGAAAAAUUCAUAGUAGUGCAAUAAUGAUAAAUUUGUUUUUAAAUACUUGGCAACAAAGUUAUAAAUCUUAAGAUGUAGAAUUUGAUCAAUAGUAAUGAGUGAAAUUUGGAAAAUAACAAGUUGGACAAGGAUUAUUCUGAGAAGCAACUGGAUAAUAGUGGACAAAGUUGGAUCUUACUAAAUUGUAAAUGCAGGUUACAAUAAAACUUUUAAAUAUCUA